AUGCUCAUCCUAAAUCCAACACCACCCAAACACCGUGAGAAUAACAACACUGACUAUGACUUGGGUCCGCCCACAAUACCCAGCCUCUCGCACAAUGUUGACUGCAGUGACAUAGUGGAUGGUGAAUCCGAUGCUGCAAUUGAUGUCAUGGAUGCAGCAGAACAGGAGAUGUCCUAUUGUGUAGGACCAGUUCGGUAUUAUCCUCUCCGGAUAGGGGAAGUCCUCAAUCAGAGAUACCGCAUAGACCAUAAAAUUGACCAUGGAGGUUUUUCUACUGUUUGGCUUGCCCAUGAUCUGAAACACAAAAACGAUGUUGCGAUAAAAGUCAUGACUUCAGGUACUUCCGGCACUUCGGAUGGGCAUGAAUAUCAUAUUCAGAGUACCAUUCGUCGGGCUGUAAAAGAUACAUCACAUCUCGUUCUAUUUCAAGAUGUCUUUUUACUCCGUGGUGAGAAUUCAAACCAUUAUGUUCUUGUAUACCCAUUUCUGGGCCCGGGACUUCGCUAUCAUGAAAUAGCAGCCAUGUCUCUUGCAACUCGCAUGUUUGCUGCUAGACAUCUUUUACAAGGAUUAGAGAGUCUACAUAAAGCUGGCUUUGUUCACCGAGACCUCAACAUCAAGAAUGUCUUGAGAGACAGUGCUCUUCCCAAGCAUUUAAGCAUAGCUGGCAAAUAUGAUAUUCUGGGCCGGCCAGUAAGAUACCCAAUAUCGAUGAUUUGGAGACCUGGAGAACUUGUGAUGCCAUUGAAACUGCCAGAAGAAUUGAAGUCAAAGAGAUUCUAUCUUGCAGACUUUGGAAUAUCCAUGAAAGUCGGAGACUCAGUGACACCAGAUGGGUCACCACCGUAUGAAUAUUGUUCUCCAGAGCGACUUCAUAAUGCUUCUCCCAACUUUUCUUGUGAUAUGUGGGGCUAUAUGUGUGUUUUUUCACAGCUAUAUUUUGGUGGCCCCUGCCUCUUUUAUUGGCUGGAUGAUGUGGUUAAAUCCAUAGGCCCAUUGCCGGAGAAUUUGAGAGGAAAGUAUAUUGACAACAAAGCUAAGGAUAGCUGGUAUGACCAAAGUUCAAGGCCUGAUAGAACGUAUGUUGGGAGAAAAAUUGCUCGUUUUCGACCUGGAAUCAGUUCAGCGGAGAAAGCACUCGCAGUAUCUGUUUUCACCAGAGGAUUUUCUGUUAUCCCCGAGCAGCGCUUAACCGCAAGUCAACUUCUUCAGGAUCCUUCGUUCAAUGCUCUUCUCGAUUUGAACUGUGGCUAG